UCCUCCGCAUGCUCCUUUCUUUGCAAACGCGUUUGUUUGUUGCAUUUUCGGCUUGAGGUUGUGGACCUUCUUUCUUCUCAGUAGCCAUGGCCGAGCGUGAUUCUUCCGACGAUGAGGAGGCUACCAUUGCCUCUGACUUGGUCGUCACCAAGUACAAGACCGCUUCAGACAUCGCAAACAGCACAUUGGCGACUUUGAUCAAGGAGUGUAUUCCCGGUGCCAGUGUUCGUUCAUUGUGCCAGAGAGGCGAUGCUCUCAUCCUGGCUGAUACUGGCAAGGUCUUCAAGAAGGACAAGGAGAUGAAGAAGGGAAUUAGCUUCCCAACGUGCCUGUCUAUCAACCAGUGCCUGUGUUGCUUUUCCCCGCUGGCUUCGGAUCCUGAUGUCAUACUCGCAGAGGGUGACAUGGUCAAGAUUGAGCUAGGAACCCACAUUGACGGAUUUAUUUCUCAAACUGCCCAUACUCUCGUCGUCGGAGCCAGUAAGGAGAACAAGGUUACCGGACGAAAAGCCGAUGCCCUUCUUGCCUGUCAUCUGGCGGCCGAGGCAGCACACCGCUUGCUGAAGCCUGGUGGAUCUGAUGAAGCUGUCGCUGAAACAGUGCAAAAAAUUGCGGAGGCUUUCGAGUGCAAACCGAUUGAGGGAACGCAGUCCUUCCAGAUGACUCGCAAUGAAGUUUGUGGAGAGAAGACCAUAGUUCUCAACCGUGGUGAGGCGGCUGGUGCCGCUCGCAAAGCCGUGGACAAAUGCGAGUUCGCCAUGAAUGAAGUGUACAGCAUUGAUAUUGCUGUUUCUACCGGAGAUGGCAAACCUCGCCCCACGGACACACGGACGACGGUUCACAGGCGGACUGACGAGCAAUACAACCUGAAGAUGAAGGCCUCCCGCAUUUUCUUCAGCGAGGUUGAUAAGAAGUUUGGCAACAUGCCCUUCUCGCUGUCCGCUUUCGAGGACGAGCGCAAGGCACGCAUGGGUGUUGUCGAGUGCGUGAAGCACGGCCUGCUGGAGCCCUACCACGUGCUGUACGACCGCGAGAACGAGUUCUGCGCACACUUCCGCUUCACGCUGCUCCUUACCAGCCACGGUGUGGACCGUGUCACCAGGAACUUCUUCGACCCGGAGACCGUCGUGUCCGACCACUCCAUCGAGGAUGCUGAGCUCAAGGCACUGCUCGCCACCUCCACUAGCGUCAAGUCGCAGAAAAAGAAGAAGAAGAAGGCAGUGGCCGAGGCUGCUGCCAGCCAGUGAGUAAGAGGAGUGCGUGUUGCCGAAGCCCGUCCCCUCAUCUCUCCGCAACUAUCAACCAAACUAUUGACAACCGGAGUACUGAGCUGAAUCGGACACACCCCGCGCUGCACCCUGACUACGCCGUUCUGCUGCCUAGAUCUGGGGUGUAAGGACCAGAACACCACCAUUAUCUAUGCAGCGGAUGCUGCUACUGCUGCUUUAUUGUUGGUGAGCCAGCCUUGUGUUCAGCAGCAGUGGUGUCGCCUAGGCUGUCUUGCUCGCUGACUGCAUCGGUGGGCAAUGCAGCCACAUUGCUUUGUGUCGUUUCGUCACUUUUUCAAUUGCCUCCGGGCAAGUGAUGAGACCAGGCUCGUUUCGCCAUCCGAGUGUGCAUAACCUACGCGUGCAGUGAUUGUCGCUGGAACCACCAUUAUCAUUUUCCGUCCUCUUUUUAUAUGUUCUCUUUUACUGUGCGCUAUGGGCAGCACUGUCUUCUCAUCUGUGUCUGUAAAUUGCUCAUUGCUUUGCUUUGUUAACACUUUCUUGCCCUCUUUUGCAACUCUUUUGAGGCGUCCGUCUGUCUGUUUUCCAAUGACCCAGCGUGUGUGGCCUUUUAUACUGUACCUAACAAGAUGAUCAUGAUUGAGACUGAAACCAGCGCAAUCUGCCUUGCCGUGCGAGUCUUGAUGCUGCGGUGUUUGAUUGUCA